AUGGUGAAAGUGAUAGUGCUGCGGGCAACGAGUGUGGCGGCUAACAGCCAGAGCGAAGAAGAGCAAAAACAAGCAGAAGCAGCGGAAGAUGGAGAAGGAGAGGUCGAGGCGGGAAAGAGAGAAGCUUUCUACGGAGAAGUGACCGGGCGGCGACGAGGUCGAGGGUCGAGAAGGCCUCCAAGCCCCGAAAGGGGAAAGCGAUGGGCCAUCUCCAUUGGCCCGAUUGUUCAUCUGCUUCUCCAGAAUUCACCCAGCGACACCCAGCGACACCCUGCCCCCCGAAAAGUACGGAGGAUAGACUCUAGAGAGGCCCAUCCAGUCCCAUCGCAAGCACUUCGCAAGCACUUCUGACCCAAGGGAAAUUGCUUCUCAUCUCACUCCCUUGCCAGAUGGGUCUAGAAGACGUUAAAGUGGGUCGGGAUCUAAUCGCCGAGCCAAUGGCCCGCCUGACUUUGGCGAGGUCACCUGCAUUAGCGCGGCACCCACAAAUUAACCACAUUUGCCAGUGCCAGCAAGCGAAUCAACACAACUCGUUAGGAAAUGCAGGUGCGCGGCUCUCCACGCUGAUCAGGGGAGAGCCGCUUUCUUCCACAUCAACAAAUAUCACUGUCGUCUGGCAAUCCCACGCUGUCAUCGUUCUGGCUCAGGGAUGCUCGAGUAAAUCCGGCCUAUGUGACGGUCGCCUGUCGCUGAUCCAACCGAUUUCAUGCGCUCUACUCCUUACCAGAGAUUACACCACGCCUCUGGAGACCAGAGUAAAUUUUCUCUGUACCAUUGAGCCCUUGAAGCGUUGGAAUGCAGACGCGCCGAGUCCCGGUAUGGCCAUUGAUUUCCGAAAGUUGGGAAGGGAAGAUUUGAGAAUCGACACUCCAAAAUCCGCAUGA